GCGAUAUCAUGUCUCACUUUCCGUAAUCUCGCGGUACCCCGAGACUACGUGGGGCAUCAGGGGGAAAGAAAAAAAGAAAUAAGGUCAUAAAUCGCAAUUUAUUUAUCAACUGACUGAAUAAAACCCGCCGUGGAAGAUUAAAAGAGGAAGCGGGGAUGUCUGACAGCGAGGACAGCGACUUCUCCGACAACCAGAGCGAACGCAGCAGCGAUGGAGAAGCUGAGGAGGUGGAGGAGAAUGAGGAUGAGGGAGGAAGUCCCAGAGGCAGCGACAAGGUGGCGGAGGAGGAGGGGGAGGACCUGGACGAUGAGGAGUACGACGAGGAGGAGGAGGAGGAGGACGACGACCGUCCCAGGAAGAAGCCGAGACACGGGGGCUUCAUUCUAGACGAAGCCGAUGUGGACGACGAGUACGAGGACGAGGAGGAUCAGUGGGAGGAAGGAGCUGAGGAUAUUCUGGAGAAAGUUAACGAAGAGGCUGAAGUGUCGAACAUCGACCACGUGGUUCUGGAUGAAGAUCAUUCUGGGUCCAGGAGGCUGCAGAACCUCUGGAGAGAUUCCAGAGAGGAGGCGCUGGGUGAAUACUACAUGAGGAAGUACGCCAAGUCUGCAGGAGGAGAGCAUUACUCCGGUGGGUCUGAGGAGCUUUCUGAUGACAUCACCCAGCAGCAGCUACUUCCUGGUGUCAAGGAUCCCAACCUGUGGACCGUCAAGUGUAAGAUCGGAGAGGAGAGGGCGACGGCCAUCGCGCUGAUGAGGAAGUUCAUCGCUUAUCAGUUCACUGACACGCCGCUGCAGAUAAAGUCGGUCGUGGCCCCGGACCACGUCAAAGGCUACAUCUACGUGGAGUCGUACAAGCAGACCCACGUGAAGGCCGCCAUCGAGGGCAUCGGGAACCUGAGGAUGGGGUUCUGGAACCAGCAGAUGGUUCCUAUCAAGGAGAUGACGGACGUGCUGAAGGUGGUGAAGGAGGUCACCAACCUGAAGCCCAAGUCCUGGGUCCGGCUCAAGAGAGGCCUCUACAAGGACGACAUCGCUCAGGUGGACUACGUGGAGCCGAGUCAGAACACCAUCUCCCUGAAGAUGAUCCCGCGAAUAGACCUGGACCGGAUCAAGGCCAAGAUGAGUCUGAAAGACUGGUUCGCUAAGAGGAAGAAGUUCAAGAGGCCGGCGCAGAGGCUGUUCGACGCCGAGAAGAUCAGGUCUCUGGGCGGAGAGGUCAGCCACGACGGAGACUUCAUGAUCUUUGAGGGAAACCGGUACAGCCGCAAAGGGUUCCUGUUCAAGAGCUUCGCCAUGUCGGCCGUGAUCACGGACGGAGUGAAGCCGACGCUGUCGGAGCUGGAGAAGUUUGAAGACCAGCCGGAGGGAAUCGACCUGGAGGUCGUCACUGAAUCAGCAGGUAAAGAGCGUGAACACAACCUUCAGGCCGGAGACAACGUGGAGGUUUGUGAGGGGGAGCUGAUCAACCUCCAGGGGAAGAUCCUGAGCGUGGACGGGAACAAGAUCACCAUCAUGCCCAAACACGAGGACCUGAAGGACCCGCUGGAGUUCCCGGCUCACGAGCUGAGGAAGUAUUUCCGUAUGGGCGACCACGUGAAGGUGAUAGCCGGGCGCUACGAGGGCGACACCGGCCUCAUCGUCCGGGUGGAGGAGAACUUCGUCAUCCUGUUCUCUGACCUCACCAUGCACGAGCUGAAGGUUUUGCCCAGAGACCUGCAGCUCUGCUCGGAGACGGCGUCCGGCGUGGACGCGGGGGGACAGCACGAGUGGGGGGAGCUGGUCCAGCUGGACUCUCAGACCGUGGGAGUCAUCGUCCGCCUGGAGAGGGAGACGUUCCAGGUUCUGAACAUGCACGGGAAGGUGCUGACGGUGCGCCACCAGGCGGUGAACCGCCGGAAGGACAACCGCUUCGCCGUGGCCCUGGACUCAGAGCAGAACAACAUCCACGUCAAGGACAUCGUCAAAGUCAUCGAUGGACCUCACUCAGGCCGUGAAGGUGAGAUCCGCCACCUGUUCCGAGGCUCCGCCUUCCUCCACUGCAAGAAGCUGGUGGAGAACGGAGGAAUGUUCGUGUGCAAGACCAGACACUUGGUUCUGGCCGGCGGAUCCAAGCCGAGGGACGUAACCAACUUCACCGUGGGAGGAUUUGCUCCAAUGAGCCCUCGCAUCAGCAGCCCCAUGCACCACGGGGGAGGAGGAGGUGCUCCACAGAGAGGAGGAGGCGCAGGGGGAGGAGGUGCAGGAGGAGGAGGAGGAGGAGGAGGAGGAGGAAUGGGACGUGGCCGAGGACGAAGAGACAACGAGCUGAUAGGUCAGACGGUCCGGAUCUCGCAGGGCCCGUACAAAGGAUACAUCGGGGUGGUGAAGGACGCCACAGAGUCUACGGCCAGAGUAGAGCUACACUCCACCUGUCAGACCAUCUCAGUGGACAGACAGAGACUCACCACCAUGGGAGCCAAGAGACACAGCGGCAUGACCUCCUCUCAUGUCCGAACUCCUUCCUACGGCUCCCAGACUCCCAUCUAUGGCACCGGCUCCAGGACGCCCAUGUACGGCUCCCAGACGCCGCUGCACGACGGAAGUCGGACGCCUCACUACGGCUCUCAGACCCCGCUGCAUGAUGGGAGCAGGACUCCGGGUCAGAGUGGAGCCUGGGACCCCAGCAACCCCAACACACCUUCCAGGAACGACGAGGAGUACGACUUCCCCUACGACGACGAGCCCUCGCCGUCUCCUCAGGCCUACGGGGCGACUCCCAACCCCCAGACGCCCGGUUACCCCGAGGUCCCGUCCCCACAGGUCAACCCUCAGUACAACCCUCAGACCCCGGGAACGCCAGCGAUGUAUAACACAGAGCAGUAUUCGCCCUACGCCGCCCCGUCCCCCCAGGGCUCCUACCAGCCCAGCCCCAGUCCUCAGAGCUACCACCAGGUGGCGCCCUCGCCGGUCGGCUACCAGAACACACACUCUCCGGCCAGCUACCAUCCAACGCCCUCCCCCAUGGCCUAUCAGGCUAGUCCUAGCCCCAGCCCCGUGGGUUACAGCCCCAUGACGCCCGGAGCGCCCUCUCCUGGAGGCUACAACCCUCACACCCCCGGCUCCAACAUCGAGCAGGGGGGCAGCGACUGGGUCACCACCGACAUCCUGGUCCGGGUCAAGGACUCCUUCAUGGACCUGAUGGGACAGACCGGCGUCAUCAGGAGCGUCACGGGGGGAAUGUGCUCGGUCUUCAUGCAGGAGUCGGAGAAGGUGGUCAGCAUCAGCAGCGACCACCUGGAGCCCGUCACCCCGACCAAGAACAACAAGGUGAAGGUGAUCCUGGGCGAGGACCGUGAGGCCACCGGGAUCCUGCUGAGUAUCGACGGAGACGACGGCAUCGUCCGCAUGGAGCUGGACGACCAGCUGAAGAUCCUCAACCUGAGGUUCCUGGGACGCCUGGAGCACUGAGGGGGGACACUGAGGGGGGACACUGAGGGGGGGACAGGAGGGCGUCUUUCAUCAUGAUCUGGUUUUUAUUCCUUUGAGAUCCAAUGAAUCCAACAGGAUCAGCUCCACUUGUCAUUUGUUGUUUUAGCUUCUUAGUGACCAGGGUCUGAUUUUAGAGCUUUCUUUCUUUCUUUCUUUCUUUCUUUCUUUCUUUCUUUCUGUCUGUACUCUUUGUUUUUUUUCUGGCAUCGAGGUUUAAAAAGUGUCAAUAAACUGUGAAUCAGUUCA